AUGAAUCAGAGUGCCAUUCGUCGUGAAACAACGAGUAUGGAAACGCGUGUUUCGGCGAGGAUUCCUGAAAAUGGCGGAUUCUUGAACAUGGCGGGCAAUUCUCCCUACGGUGGAGGCUUUUCAGGUGCCGGUGAUGACUUCGAUCCCAUGACCUUACCUCCGAGGACUCGCCCUUUUAUUCCCGGGAGGUAUCGUCCACCAGUACAUGUUCUUCCACGUGCCGUUUUCCGUCAUUUUACCAGUUUCGACGAGAGAGCACCUGCGGAUCUGCUUCUCAGAGAGCCGGAGCAGCAUCUCUCUCACGAGGCCCGAGAGGUAUGGGGGUAUCUUUCUCCGGAUAUUCCCGCAGUACCUCCAGCCAGUAUGCGGACCGCUGACAGACUCUCUUACUCAGAGGUAGUCGGCGCCAUGCUGGGCACUGAUGCUUUAUUACAUGUUGAGGAGGGGGACUACGCCACUUACCGUCACAUAUAUUUGAUGCCUCCAUUGACGGAAGCUCGUAUCCCGAUGAUGAGGCCUGCCGGUAUGUCAUCCUCGGGCCAGGCUCGGGCUCGGGCUGCAGACGCCCCUUCUACUAGCAGGGCUGGUACAUCUAGGGGUGGGAGUAGACCGGUUCCUCCGGUUCCGUCGACUCAUCCUCAUCCCGGAUGGCCAGAUAUGCCUACUGAGUUGAUGGCGUGGCAGUAUGGGGCUAGCUCUCCGACUCCGAUUCCACUAGAGCCUCCGAUGCCCAGUGAUCGAUACGCCAUUGAUCCGGACUCACCGCCGCCAUCGCGAGGAUACAUGGAGGAGGUGAUUUGA